AUGCUCCUGAGGCUGUCUCCGGCGUUUUUAUGCGUGUAUCUUGUGUCUUCUGCUUUAAUCGACGAUCAACCAUAUUGUGCAGUGCGAUACCGGAGACUGUGCCAAGGAAAAGGUCGCCAUGUUGCCUGUCAAUUUCCUGUUCCAGGCCCGGGCAUGUCGUGUCGCAAUUAUACACAGAUUAGAUUCACAAGCGAGCUGAAACAUUUCAUCGUACAUUAUAUAAAUAGACGCCGACAACGAAUCGCAUCCGGUAACGAGAGGGUAAGAGGCGGUGCACAUCUGCCCAGGCCGGAGGUUAUGAUGAUGGUGAGUUGGGAUCGUGAAUUAGCUCUUCUGGCUCAAAGGCUGGCGGAUCAAUGUCACUUUGUACACGAUGAUUGUCGAGCGACAGUCCGCUAUCCAUACGCGGGACAAACAGUGGGCGAAGUGAGAUGGCGUCGUUCCAGCGAGUCCGAUGAGUUGAGCGCUCAGCGGGCGAUACGUAGAGUCUUCGACGCUUGGUGGGGAGAGAGGAGGCGUGUGCAACCGAAACAGCUGACGGCGCCUUUCCGACUUACAGCAAAGGGCACUGUAUGGGGCCACUUCAGCCAAAUAGCGGUGUGGACACUUCAAGCGGUCGGCUGCGGCGCGGUGAGACACGGGGCUGAACAUCCGAGACUUCUACUGGUCUGCGACUUCUCACACACCAAUAUGCUCGGCCAGCGGACGUUGACCCCUGGCCCUUUAGCAUCUUGCCCCAUGCAUACUGCCAGAAGAUCGAGAUCACCAUAUCCGUUACUCUGUGGGCCGGUUAGACAUCACCUGCCUUCAGAGCAGGAGGAACGAAACGAUAAGAACGACGAGUCCCAAUACGAAGACUACGAUAAAGAGGAAGCAGAGGUAUACGACGAUGUAAGCGAAACUACUGUUAGAGAGGUGGAAAUAAAAUAUACAUCGCCGAAGCCAGUCCAAACAACGAGGGCUCAAAAGAAGCAAGUCGAUCAAUAUGAGAGAUUGUUGGAUAAGGAAGAUUUUAUUUUGGGACCAGAUGAAGAAAGCCCGAUCCAGGCAUUCAAAGCUCCAGAAAAGGCCACUACCCAGGGCCGAAUGAUUGACAAACUGGAGCAUGAACUGGUGGAGCAUAAAGUAGAAGCAGUACCCUUGAAAAAAAUGUUCGACUGGCGACCUCGCUCCACCACUGCUGUAACUCGGCGUACAAGCAAGAUCAUUACACAGCGUCCAACUACUGUUAAAGUUCGUAAAAUUAAAACAACUACAGAAGAGGACGACUCCAGUGGCGUGGAAAUGUACACAACCAGGAUUGAAGAGACGACAACCCCGGAGAUCAUGGAAAGACAAAGAUGGAAGCAAUCCAGGGAUCGUCCGCAAAGGCCAGGUGCAAAUGCGUUAUUGAGUAAGGUACCUGAAAAGCCCAUGAGGAGGUCUACAAUUUCUUCUCUGAAGUUGGAUCUGGACGAUCAAGAUCAGUUGUUCCGCGACACCGGAUUCAACCCGCAGUGGAGGAAGAACGCCGCUAAAAGCUAA